AUGAAUGAGUUGUCGCAACACAAUAGCGGGCAGCCUUCCUACGGGGACUGGGUGACCAGCGGUUUUGUUGGGAGUGAAUGCGAGGAGAUUUCUGCUACAAAAGGUUCCCAGAGCCUGGCGAUCCCCAGGCCUAGGGGGCCCCCUGCCCACCCAGGUCCCCACCUGUCCGAGUGGCGGCUCCUGCCUCGAUCCGGCUCGGCGCGGGUCAGGGUCCACACCGCCUGGCCUCGGGAGUGUGCACGCCGGGGUGAGGGCUGGUCCCAGGGCUCUUGUCCCACUGACCCGGGAAGAGGAAGCAGAAGUCCGCGCACCCGGCUCUCGGCGCUCCGGCUCCCGGCCGGCGCCUUCCCGCCGCCCUCCCCGCUGGCCCCGGAGCACGAGCCAGGCCGCGCCCCCCUUUCGUUCUCCGGGGUGCAGCCUCCCGACCCCCUCCCCGGGGAGGCCCCCGGCCCCACCUCCGAGCUCAGACUGGAUCGCGUGCGGAAACCGGAGUGGGGGCCGACCGUGCGGCCGGGCGCCUGCGUGUUUGUAUGUGACUGUGUGUGUGAGAGGCCCCGGGUGGAUCCAAAGCCCAAGAAGAGAAAUGGGAUAAACUGCUUCACGGUCUUGCUGUUCAUCUACCUGAUUCUGCUCACCGCAGGUGCUGGGCUGCUGGUGGUGCAAGUUCUGAAUCUGCAGAAGCGGCUCCAAGCCCUGGAGACGCCCUACAACAAUCAAACGCUGGUCCCUGAGCAUCUCCUGCAGGCCCAGCUCAUCCGCGUCCGCACCAGGCAGGAGCACCUACUACGACUGGUGGACAACUUUACUCGGAUCCCAGGCCCCCCAGGACCCCAAGGUCCACCAGGAAUCAAGGGAGAGGCAGGAAGAAAGGGAGACAUAGGCAUGAAAGGAGACAUGGGGGUCAUGGGACCCCCUGGAGCCCGGGGGCAGAAAGGUGACUCAGGGAUGCCCGGUUCCCCAGGUGUGGCUGGAAUUCCUGGACUCAAAGGAGAUCAAGGACAACCUGGAGCCAAGGGUCUUCCAGGCUUUCCAGGAGCUGCGGGAUCCCCGGGUGCCAAGGGUGAGCCUGGCAACGCUGGUCCCACUGGGCCAAUAGGACCAUCAGGGAGGCCCGGGAGUCCAGGAGCCGAAGGUGUGAAAGGAAGCAAGGGGGACACAGGACUUCAAGGACAGAAAGGAACAAAAGGAGAAUCAGGAGUCCCAGGCCCUACAGGCAUGAAGGGAGAGAUGGGAAGCCCAGGCCUGGUCGGCCUCAAGGGGGCACCUGGACCGGACGGCCGAAAGGGAGAGCCCGGAGCGAAAGGAUCUUCUGGGACGAAAGGAGCAAAGGGAGAAAAAGGUCAAAAAGGCGAAUCCAUGGUAUCCGUCCGGAUUGCUGGCUCUAGGAACCGAGGCCGGGCUGAAAUUUACUAUAAUGGAGUCUGGGGGACAAUUUGCGAUGAUGACUGGGACAAUUCAGAUGCCACCGUCUUCUGCCGCAUGCUGGGUUUCUCUUCAGGAACUGCCGUUUUCAACGUGGGAGCUGGCACUGGGACCAUCUGGCUGGACAACGUUGCGUGUCAAGGGUCGGAAUCGACCCUGUGGAGCUGCAGCAAGAACAGCUGGGGCUCUCACAACUGCAACCACAGUGAGGAUGCGGGUGUGGACUGCAGAUGACCCCACAGGCCAUUCACUGCUCUGCCCCCAAGGCGUCCACAGCCAAGACAC